AUGUGGAACAGCUUCCAGGCAGGAGGCAGUGGCGGAGGUGCAUCUGCGUGUGACAACCACUAUCAUUCCGACAACAAACCUAUAGUUGCACUCUCCACGGGAUGGUUCAACAAGAAAUCAAGGUGUCUCAACUUCAUCAACAUUCAUGGGAAUGGUAAGACUGUUAGGGCCAUGGUGGUUGAUGAAUGUGACUCUACCAUGGGGUGUGAUUCUGAUCAUGACUAUCAGCCUCCAUGUCCUAACGACAUCGUUGACGCGUCCAAGGCAGUGUGGAAGGCGUUGGGUGUGUGUGAAAGUGACUGGGGCAAUCUGGAUAUCUCAUGGUCUGAUGUUAAUUGA